CGCUAAGUCUGGGCGAAGAGGAAAGCCCAAUCACGUUGUCUGUGACGUCAAUCCUAAGCGACCGUCCCUGCCAAAUCGCCUCCGGGAGAGGGUGUAAACUCCUGUAAAAGAAAGCUUUCUGAAGAGUCCUAGUUGCCAUUUCAUGUUUUUAGCCCGUUCAGUAACAAAGAUGGCUACCAGCAAUCCCGUAAUAAACAGACUGGACCAGAGAGCCGCAGAAGCUGAUCAGAUCAUUGAAUACCUCAAACAACAAGUUGCACUUCUCAAGGAAAAAGCAAUUCUACAGGCCUCUCUACGGGAGGAGAAGAAGCUUCGUGUAGAAAAUGCCAAGUUGAAGAAAGAAAUCGAAACCCUAAAAGAACAGCUAGUAAAAACUGAAGUAAAAAAUGGAGUGAAACAGAUUGGCAUCCCGGCUAGCACAUCUGCUGACUCCAGUCCUUCCAUACCAGUAAGUGCUCCCCAGCCACCUCCUGUGAAGUCUUCCCCUCCAGCUCCUAAAUCAGGAGAAGAAAAGAAAAAAAAGGAGAAACCAGAAAAGAAAGGUGAGAAGAAGGAAAAGAAACCUGCUGCAUCAGAAGAUGAAAUAAAAGCAGUGGAUGUGUCUCGCUUGGACCUCCGUGUUGGCUGCAUUGUCACUGCCAAGAAGCAUCCUGAUGCUGACUCCCUGUACGUAGAAGAGGUAGAUGUAGGAGAAGCAACGCCACGUACUGUUGUCAGCGGCCUUGUGAAGCAUAUACCUCUUGAACAGAUGCAGAAUCGCAUGGCUGUGCUGCUCUGUAACUUGAAGCCUGCAAAGAUGAGGGGUAUUCUCUCUCAAGCCAUGGUUAUGUGUGCCAGCUCCCCAGAGAAGGUGGAGAUUUUGGACCCUCCAAGUGGAGCAGUUCCUGGAGACAGAAUCACCUUUCAGGGCUACCCAGGAGAACCUGACAAAGAGCUCAAUCCAAAGAAGAAAACAUGGGAGCAGAUUCAACCAGAUCUGCUUACUAACGACAAGUGUGUAGCAACUUACAAGGGAGUACCAUUUGAAGUGCAAGGAAAAGGAGUGUGCAAAGCUCAGACCAUGACCAGUAGUGGCAUCAAAUAAAGUCUGAAACUAUUUGAACACCACAUUUAGAUGUUGUACCAUUGGGCUACACAGUUGGAAUACAAUAAAGCCAUGCUUUCAGCAUCA